GCGGCAGAGCCCGGCGGCCACCAUGGAGCUGGCGAUGGAGAACCUGGGCAGCCUGCACGGCGUCCCGCACUCGCAGCCCGCCGAGCUGCUGAGCCCCGCGCACGGGCGGCAGAGCUCGCACCGCAACCUGGUGCCGCACGGCCGGCCCGCUAUGGUCUCGGGCAUGGCCUCCAUCCUGGAGGGGGGCGACUACCGCGGCGAGCACAGCCUGGGAGCCCCGCUGCACCCCGCCAUGAGCAUGUCCUGCGAGUCGCCCUCCGGCAUGAGCCUGAGCAGCACCUACACCACGCUGACUCCCCUGCAGCACCUGCCGCCCAUCUCCACCGUCUCGGAGAAGUUCCACCACCCGCACCACCACCACCACCACCACCACCCACACCAGCGCCUGGCCGGCAACGUCAGCGGCAGCUUCACCCUCAUGCGCGACGAGCGGAGCUUGGCCUCCAUGGGCAACCUCUACAGCCACUACCCCAAGGACAUGCCGGCCAUGGGGCAGCCCCUAUCGCCGCUGCCCAACGGGCUGGGCAGCCUCCACAACGCCCAGCAGCCGCUGGCCCCCUACGGCCCCGCCGGCCACUUGCCCAACGAGAAGAUGCUCUCGCCCAACGGCUUCGACUCGCACGCCGCGAUGCUGUCCCGGGGCGAGGAGCACCUGGCCCGGGGGCUGGCGGCGCCCAGCUCGGCCAUGAUGCCGCCGCUCAACGGGAUGCACCCGCACGGGCACCCGCACGGGCAGCCCGGAGCCUCGCUGCUGGGCGAGCGGGAGCGCCCGGCGCCCGGCCCCGGCUCCCAGCCCGGCGGCUCCGGCCAGGUGGAGGAGAUCAACACCAAGGAGGUGGCUCAGCGGAUCACGGCCGAGCUGAAGCGGUACAGCAUCCCGCAGGCCAUCUUCGCGCAGAGGAUCUUGUGCCGCUCCCAGGGGACCCUCUCGGACCUGCUGCGGAACCCCAAGCCCUGGAGUAAGCUCAAGUCCGGCCGGGAGACUUUCCGCAGGAUGUGGAAAUGGUUGCAGGAGCCGGAAUUUCAGAGGAUGUCGGCGCUCAGACUGGCAGCCUGCAAACGCAAGGAGCAGGAGCAGCAGAAGGACCGGAGCCUGCAGCCCAAGAAGCAGCGCCUGGUCUUCACGGACCUGCAGCGCCGCACCCUGAUCGCCAUCUUCAAGGAGAACAAGCGCCCGUCCAAGGAGAUGCAGAUGACCAUCUCCCAGCAGCUGGGGCUGGAGCUCAACACCGUCAGCAACUUCUUCAUGAACGCGCGCCGGCGCUGCAUGAACCGCUGGCAGGAGGAGCCCGGCGCCAACCCCGGGGUCCCCUCGUCGUCUACAAGCACUUUCUCCAAAGCAUGAUGUCCCCCCGCCCUCCCUGCCCCUUCCUGGA